AUGGAUUAUCAGAAAUUUAUUAGUGAAAGAAGUAAAGCAAGAAAACCCUCUGCUAUUCGUGCUCUUUCUCCUUACCUUCAUCAAAAGGAUAUGAUUUCUUUGGGUGCUGGGCAACCUAAUCCCAUUACAUUUCCUUUUGCUGGUAUGAGUAUCACGCUCAAGUCUGGAGAAACACUCAAUAUUGACCAUGACCUUUUCAAUCGUUCGUUAUCGUAUGAUUUGACUCCUGGGCUGCCUCAUUUGAAUGAUUGGUUGCGUGAACUUCAAAAGAGAGAACACACACCACCUAUUGAGUUUGAUCUAUCGAUUGGCUGUGGUUCUCAAGACUUAUUGACCAAGGCAUUUGAAAUGACCUUGAAUGACGGGGACGCCAUCAUGGUAGAAAAUCCUUCAUAUACAGGCUGUCUUUCUUUCCUCAAGACACUGAAUUGUCAACUGGUCAGUAUCGCUACAGAUGCAGAUGGUAUUGUGCCUGAAUCAUUGGAAGACGUGUUAGCUCAUUGGCCCAAUCCUAACCGGCCUCGUGUGCUUUAUACAAUUCCCUCAGGUGGCAAUCCUACAGGUGCCACAGCCACUUUGGAGCGUAAACAAGCUGUGUAUCGUAUCUGUCAAGCCUACGAUAUACUCUUGAUUGAAGACGAUGCUUAUUAUUACCUGCAGUUCCAAAAACCCCGUAUUCCUUCUUAUCUGUCUCUUGAUGUCGAUGGUCGUGUGCUUCGUUGUGACAGCAUGAGCAAGAUCUUAUCGGCUGGUCUUCGUAUUGGCUGGAUCACAGGUCCAAAGCCCUUAUUGGAACGAAUCAAUAUGCACACCAUGGUCACUAACUUACAACCCUCAGGUAUUCCUCAAGUCAUGGCCUAUCAAUUGCUUCAUCAUUGGGGCUAUGAUGGCUUCUUUCGCCAUGUAGACCAAGUCGCUCAUUUCUACCAGCAAAAACGAGAUUGUUUUGUAGCCUGUCUUGACCGUCAUCUAAAAGGACGUGCUGAAUGGGUGGUGCCUAAGGCAGGCAUGUUUGUCUGGCUUCGUUUAUUGGGUGUGACAGAUACGUUUGAGAUGAUCAUGACCAAAGCUGUCAAGGAGAACGUAUUGGCUAUUCCCGGCGUUGCUUUUCUUCCUCAAGGCGACACAUCUGCUUAUAUACGUGUCUCUUUUAGUAAUGUGUCUCAAGAAGACAUGGAUGAGGCCCUCAGACGAUUAGCGCGUGUGAUCGUUGUAUAA